AUGUCAAAACGAAAACGCUCGGAGGACGACGAAACAUCCUCCGCGACCGCCUCCAAAGAUUUUCGACACCAACGCCAAAUCGUAGCAACCUUCACGCAAAGCGCAAAAGAGCUAUUACGAGCCUUCAAGAAUGCCCGGGGCUUCGAGCGUCAAAAGCUCGGACGCAGGAAGAAGGAUGCCGUGAAAGAGGGCCAAAAUACAGACAGGAUCGACGAGGAAGUGAAAGCUCUCAAAGCGCUGGACCUGACCACGUGUGCGGCGCAUUUCCUCGCCAAGAGCCUGGUGAAGAUCAAGCGGGUAGCGGAACAUGCUGAUCUCCCGCUGGAAGUGAGGAAGAGCGCGGAAGGGCUGGGGAGGAAGGAUCCGGCUUCUCUGAAUGUGUUUGCGAGGCUUUGUAAUUCGAACCCGGUGAAGACGAGGUUUGGGGUGCUCUGUGCGGCUGUUAAGAGGGAGUUUGGGGUCGAUGAUGGGGGUGAGGUGGGGCCUGUGAAGAAGAAGAGGUUGAGAGCGAAGGACUUUGAUGGAAACAGAGGAGACGAAGCAGAUGUUGAGCGUCGAAGGGAAAAGAAGCAGGUGAACGGUGGGGCGGUUGAGUCGGACAGCUUUGAGGGAUUUGGUGAUAGUGAUGAUGCGUCCGAAGAUGGCAUGGCGCAGUACCGGGCAAGGCUAGCCUCUUCAGACGAAGAAGACGAGGAGGAAGGUGACGUUGAAAUGGGCAGCGACUCGGACAUCGACGUGGACGAUCUGGAGCGGCAACUGGCUGCUGAAGGCAUUUCCGCCAAAGGCGCAAAAGUGCAAUCGAAGCCCUACGACCACGCGGCAGACCUCUCGCUAUCAGAGGCAUCACAAGCAGAAUCAGAAGACGAAGGACCCCAAAUGGCACCCGCGCCCAAGAAGUCCUCUUUCAUCCCAUCACUCACCAUGGGAGGCUACAUCUCCGGCAGCGGCUCGGAAGUCGAAGACGAAAUUGACGACAAGCCAAAGAAGAAUCGACGAGGCCAACGAGCGCGACGACAAAUUGCGGAGUGGAAAUAUGGUCUGAAGGCCAAGCAUCUACAGAAUCAAAAGAAGAACGACAGCAAUAUCGGCUGGGACCCCAAACGUGGCGCGGUCGAUCGCGAUCAUCGACGUCAGAAGAAAACCGGCGCAAAUGACACUGCUCUGGGCAGAGACAGGAGGGAAGCGGCGAAGCAGCCAAAGAACAAGCACGAAGACGACAAGAGGCCCUUACAUCCUAGCUGGGAGGCUGCCAAGAAAGCCAAGGAGAAGAAGAGCGUACCGAUUGCGUUUGCCGGGAAGAAGAUUAGCUUCGAUUGA